CGGAAGUGUGUCCGGACAUUAUUGCUGCGACCACCACGAGAAGCACAUGUCAAGAAUGGCCAGGUGUAUGAGAUAUUCGCUGCCAGCAGUUUCAAAAUAUGUCUUCGGCUCCAACAGCUUGCGUCUGACGCAAAGUCCUCUUAAAUUUAUCACUCAGAUUCAAAAUUUGGGGAUGCGACAGAGCAGCAGCGCUCUAUUUGGGCCAUUUCUACGCAAAAAAUCAGCGACAUUGACUGCGGUCAAAUCUUCAACGUGCGAUUAUCCACGGGCACUACAAACAGAGGUUGAUAAAGAGUUGACCAAGUUCUUGGAAAAAGAGAUCACCUUUGAGGAAUCUGAAAGAAAGAAACAAGUGCAAGUGAAGGGUGUGGAUGGGUUUGAAGUCACAACGGCAGAUGCUGACAUAACUCUGACGCGUAAGAGUGGUAAUGAAAUCAUAAAGGUCAAGUUCACAGUAAAUGGUUCAGUUGAUGCUGAGGCAUCUAUGCAGGCUGACGACCAAGAGGCUGAACCAGAGAUGGUGUCUCGACCCCCAUUUACAGUAGAAAUCACUAAAGGAGAUGGACGCACACUGUCUCUGCACUGUACCUUCGUCUCACCUGCAGAGCUGGAGCAGGAGACAUCUCAGGACACUGAAGCUAUUGUGGAUAAUUUUGAGAUCCAGGAAGUAGCACUGCAUACAGGAGAGUUGACAGAGACAGUGUACUCUGUGUCAGCAGACAUCAUGGAUGGGAAUCUCUACGAUCUCCUUAUGGACAUGCUGGACGAGCGAGGUAUUAACGAUGAAUUUGCCAACCAGCUUGUUGACUUCAGCUCAAGUUACGAGCACUCUAAAUAUGUAGAAUUUCUUAAAAAUCUGAAAUCUUUUGCUGAAAAAUAGAGUGUCCUUUGGCAUAACAUUGGCUCCUCAUAUACUUCAGAAUGUUGUGGUGGCUACAUAGAAAUGAUUUUUUCUGCUCUUCAAAAUGUUAAAAUUGUGUAGCAUUAUGUGGGAGCUGUUAAAGAACAAUCGUAUUCCAUUCAGACGCACCAUCAGACAGGUCUGUUCUUGUCAGGAGUUGCAAAUUAUGCAGUUUAUAUUUUGGCUUAUUGUAUAGCCUAUUCCCUUAAAUUGGUGGUUGCUGACGUGGUUGGAUUUUGUGAACGCAUUUUGAAUGUAGUUUUUAACAGAUUUUCCAACCAGGGUUGAACAAAGGGAUAGGAUCAUUGAAACGUGUUUAUGUUUGACUUCAUACACAUUUUAUUCACAGUUUUUGCAUCUUUGAUGACCAUACAGAAUGUUUUGCAUACCGUUGUUUGUCUUGUAAAUGUAACAAGGAAUAAAGCCAGACUGCCAUUUUCUUAUCAA